UACCUCAACAAACAAAGCUGAGUUUAAUACAUUUCCACCUCGGAAGCACCGCUUCGUUCCUCUUUUCGCAUUUAUCCAACAUUUCAUAACAUCUCCAAUUUUUAUCAUUUUGGAACUAUGCUUAUUUUGUAUUUCUGGAACGUUUUGUAGUUUUGUGCCAUUGCGCAACAGGGGAGGGCACGUUGGCGAAGAGCGACCGGCUUAGCUUUGCUUUAGCUCACUUUAGCUUGACAAGGCUGGGCUGAGAUGACAAGCGCCUCUUCUGCCACCUUCUCGUUCGUCCAACAAAAUAUUUUGUAGACGCCCAUGUCAACAUCACUUUUCGGCUUUUUGCUGCUGCCGCUGCUGCUGUUGUUGUGGAGCGACGAUGAAGACGUGUUGAGUUCAUCUAGCUGCCUCAGGCCAGCUCUUUCUUCUUUCCUUACACACUGACUUCCGUGAUUGAGGAGUAUGAGCGGCAUGCGCGUGGACGCCAAAGUGGUGAUGUUGGGCAAGGAGAGCGUGGGCAAGACCAGCUUGGUGGAGAGAUACGUCCACCACCGCUUCCUGGAUGGACCUUAUCAAAACACUAUCGGUGCCGCUUUUGUGGCCAAACCAAUUCAGGUGGGAGACAAAGUGAUCACCUUGGGAAUAUGGGACACGGCCGGAUCUGAACGCUAUGAAGCAAUGAGCAGAAUCUAUUACAGAGGAGCCCGGGCAGCCAUCGUCUGCUACGAUCUGACAGACAGCAGCAGUUUCCAGCGAGCACGUUUUUGGGUGCAAGAACUACAAAACUGCGAAGAGCAUUGUAAGAUCUACUUGUGCGGUACCAAAAGCGACCUGAUCCAAGGAGACCGGAGUCUCCGUCAGAUCGACUACCACGACACUCAGGACUUUGUCGAAGAGAUCGGAGCGCAGCAUUUUGAGACCUCCAGUAAAAGCGGAAGCAACGUGGAUGAGCUGUUCCAGAAGGUGGCCGAGGACUACAACAACGCCACCUUCCAGUACAUGACGGCAGAAGAAUCAGGAGUGAACUUGGGCCAGAAGAAAGAGUCAUACUUCUACUCAUGCUGCAACAGCAACUGACGCUGGACCAGAACUGUGGAAGACGACAGGAGAAAAUAAAACAGAGAGCGAAACGGUCAUUUCUUUUGUGCCAUGACAAACUGCGUGGAGGAGGCGUCUCUGCCGGGGUGGAGCUUUGAAUUAAAGAACAUUUCAUCCAGAAGAGGAUCUCCCGCUCCAAAGCUGUCGAUUGAAGACAACUGAGCUGCUGCGAUUUUUUUUUUUUUUUCUUUCUCUGCUUACCUUUUCACUGUAAUGCAGUUUACACCCGUCAUGACUCUACUUGAAAAGGAACGCUGGCGAAUUCAACUUUGUGUCUUGACUGCCUGUAUUGCUGCAUCACAUGAUCAGCUCAUCACAGCCUGAGUGAUUGACCUUUUGACCCUUGUCUGUCAGGCACCUCCCCCCCUUUUUUCGGCGCUGAUUUCCUCCAGCGGGAGAUUUGGUCAAGAAAAAGACCUCAAUGGCACAAAACUGACAAGUCAACCUCAGAAUAAUGUUAACAUUUUUUGACGCUCAGCCAUCAUGUUUGCGCACUUAUUUAUUGCCUUUUCAAAUCACAGUGCCGGAUAAUGCUUCAAACAACUGCUUGAAUGUUUUUUUUUUUUUUUUUUU